AUGGCUAGAGCGAUUGGUAUUGAUUUAGGCACAGUAUAUUCGUGUGUCGCUGUAUUUCAACAUAAUAAUGUCGAAAUCAUCCCGAAUGAUCAAGGUAAUCGAACAACACCAUCAUAUGUUGCAUUCACCGAUAGUGGACGAUUGAUCGGUGAUGAAGCUAAAAACCAAGUAGCAAGAAAUCCAAAUAAUACAAUUUUCGAUGCUAAACGACUUAUUGGUCGUAAAUUCAAUGAUGCAACUGUACAAGCUGAUAUACAACAUUGGCCAUUUCUAGUAAUUAAUGAUAAUGGUAAACCUAAGAUUCAAGUUGAAUAUAAAAAUAAAAUAAAGUUAUUCACACCUGAAGAAGUAUCGUCAAUGAUACUAACAAAAAUGAAAAAUAUAGCAGAAGCUUAUCUUGGUAAAAAAGUCUCCGAAGCUGUCAUUACUGUACCAGCCUAUUUUAAUGAUUCACAACGUCAAGCAACCAAAGAUGCUGGUACUAUUGCUGGUCUUCAUGUAUUACGUAUUAUCAAUGAAUCAACAGCUGCUGCUAUUGCUUAUGGGUUAGAUAAAAAAGUUACAAAUGGACAAAAUGUAUUAAUUUUUGACUUGGGCGGUAGUACUUUCAAUAUAUCAAUUUUAAUUAUUGAACAAGAUCUAUUAGAAGUUAAAUCGACAGCCGGUAAUACACAUUUAGGUGGGGAAGAUUUUCUUAAUCGAAUGGUUGCAUAUUUUAUUCAAGAAUUCAAGUGUAAACAUAAUAGAGAUUUAACUCAAAAUAAACGUAGUCUUUGUCGUUUACGUACUGCUUGUGAACGUGCUAAAAUUACUUUAUCGUCAUCAUCUAUAGCAUCGAUUGAAAUCGAUUCAUUAUAUGAUGGGAUUGAUUUUCAUUCAAAAAUAUGUCGUGCUUGGUUUGAAGAACUCAAUGCUGAUUUAUUUUGUUCAACACUUGAACUAGUUGAAAAAGCUUUACGUGAUGCUAAAAUAGAUAAAGAUAACAUUCACGAUAUUAUUCUUAUUGGUGGCUCAACACGUAUUCCAAAAGUACAACAACUUUUACAAAACUUCUUCAAUGGAAAAGAAUUAAAUAAAUCAUUGAAUCCAGACGAAGCCGUCGUCUAUGGUGCUGCUGUUGAAGCAGCUAUUUUAACUGGUGAUUAUUCCGAGAAGGUUAAAGAUCUAUUGCUACUUGAUGUUACAUCCUUGUCAUUGGGUAUUGAAACAGAAGGUGGUGUGAUGACAGUAUUAAUCAAGCGUGACAGAUCAAUGACGAACGAUAAUCAUUUAAUGGGUAGUUUUGAACUUUCUAAUAUUCUACCAGCACUUCGUGGCGUACCACAGAUUGCAGUUACAUUUAAUAUUGAUACAAAUAGUAUUUUAAAUGUUUCAGCUAUGGAUAAAACUUCUGGAGAAGAAAAGAAAAUUAUAAUAACUAAUGAUAAAGUACGUUUAUCUAAAGAUGAAAUUGAACGUAUGAUUGUUGAUGCUGAAAACUAUAAAAAAGAAGAUGAAAUACAACGUGAUCGUAUUGCAACUAAGAAUUCAUUGAAGUCAUAUUGUUUUAAUACGAAAACAAUGAUUAAUGAUGAAAAAUUAAUAGAUCGAAUUAAUGAUUAUGAUAAGAAGAAAAUAACUGGUAUUAUUGAAGAUGCAUUAAAAUGGGUGGAAAUAAGUCAACUUGCUGAAAAAGAAGACAUUGAAUAUAAGUUGAAGGAAGUUGAAAAAAUAAUAUGUACAUCACUAAUAUCAAAAGUUCGUCAAGAUGAAAAUGGUAUUGGAAAAAUACCAGAAAGACUUUCUGGUGGUUCAACAGAUAUGGCUACUAACAAAAAUAAAAUGACACGUAUUGUGUGUAUUAGUGAUACACACUCACGGUAUGGAUUCGCACUUCCGGGUGGUGAUAUUCUUAUCCAUGCAGGCGAUUUUUCGAUGUCAGGCGAGCAAAGUGAAAUUGAAAAUUUCAUAACGUGUCUCAAAUCUCUUACUCAAUAUAGAUUGAAAGUAUUCGUUGCAGGUAAUCAUGAUGUGACUUUGGAUCCAACUUUUUACAAGGAAAAUUGGGAACGAUGUCAUCAUGAUCAAAAACAAAAUUGUGAACUUAUUAGGCGGCUUUUACGUGAUCCAUUGUUAGCAAUCAAUUAUGGGAUUAUUUAUUUGGAAGAACAACAAUUCGUCGACAAUGUCACUGGUUUGAAAUUUUACGGCAGUCCCUACCAAGCAGAAUAUAAUAAUGGGGCCUUUAAUUUGCCAAUCAAUAGUAUCGAAAUUAAAGAAGCUUGGUCUCAAAUUCCAAAAGAUGUUGAUAUUCUUAUCACACAUGGUCCACCUACAAAUAUUCUUGAUGAAAAUACUCGAGGCAUACAUGUUGGCUGUGCUCAAUUACUUGCACGUAUUAUUACUAACAAACCUCGUUUACAUGUCUUCGGUCAUAUUCACGAAGCAUAUGGACGAAUAGAUCAAGGUUCGACCAUAUUUGUAAAUGCAUCAAUCUGUAAUCUGAACUAUGAACCUAUCCAAGCACCGAUCGUAGUCGAUUUAUAA